GGCCAUUCCUCGAAAGAGAACCACAGACGCAGAACGAACUAUGGUGCGCUACGUGGAGACGGUGGCCGCGCUGCCGUCCGAGAACACGCUCCCGACCGUCCUGCUCAUUGGCACGACCGAGACACCCGGCCUCGACCUUGUGCAGCGCGUCCUUGAGCACCUUGCUGGCGCCGCGCUCGAGCCCGCGACGCUGGCGCUCGUCGCGCAUGCGAUCGCCGAGCUCUCGCCGUCGACCGACAACGCGGCGUCGGCGCACCUCUAUGUGCCGCUGGACGACGACAAGAUGCUGAGCCUUGUCGUCGCGCAGCUCCCGACGGCGGUCUCGCGCCACAACUCGAAGGCGCGCCCGCAUGCGAUCAUGGCGCUUGUCAAGGCCCACGCCGCCGACGUUGAGGCGAGCACGGUCGUCGCGCUCUCGUUGCCCAACCACGCGGCGAAUUGGGUCGCGGCCGGCACGGCUGUCGCCAAGGCGAUGCCUGCCUACUUCCACAAGUCGACCAAGGCGCUCCGUGGCGUCAUCACGACGGGCGAGGGCACCGCGUUUGCCUCCGACAGCACGCUCGUGGUCUUUGACGAGCGCUUGACGCCCGAGCAGCCGUCGCGCGUGCUGGUCGGGAAGGGCAUCGUGUACGAUACCGGUGGUCUCUCGCUCAAGAUCUCGGGUGGCAUGGUCGGCAUGAAGGACGACAUGGGCGGCGCCGCCGGCCUCCUCGGCGCCUUCUUGGCGACGGUCACGUCGGGCGCCGCCGGCACCGAGUUUCCGUUGCACUGCAUUCUCUGCCUCGCCGAGAAUGCAGUUGGCCCGAACGCGACGCGACCGGACGAUAUCCACACCAUGUACUCGGGCAAGACCGUCGAGAUCAACAACACGGACGCGGAAGGCCGCUUGGUGCUCGCUGACGGCGUCGCAUACGCCAUCAAGCACUUGAGCCCGGCGUUCUUGCUCGAUAUGGCGACGCUCACGGGCGCGGCCGGUAUCGUCACCGGCGCCAAGAUCGGCGCCAUGUACGCCAACACGGACGACAUCGAAGCGUUUGGGUCGGCGGCCGGCAAGACGUCCGGUGACCUUCUGCACCCGGUGCCGUACGUGCCCGAGUUUUACCGCCCCGAGUACAAGAGCCCGGUGGCCGACAUGAAGAAUUUGAUGGCCAACACGCGCAACGCCGGCGUCUCGUGCGGCGGCCAGUUCAUCGCGAACCACAUGGCCGACUUUGUCGACGGCGACGGCCAGUGGAUGCACGUCGACAUGGGCUUUCCCGUCGCCCACGACGACCACCGCGCGACCGGCUACGGCGUCGGGCUGCUCAUGGCGCUCUUCACGGACCUCAACGCGUCGGCGACCUUCUAA